GGCGCGGCUUCACACCGGGAGGGUGAGCACAGUUGGUGGAGGAGAUGCGAGAGAGGGAGAGGAGCGGAAAGCGCUUGUGGGAAGAGGCGCUUCCCUGAGCUACUUGCAGAAACAAAACGCCGGGCUUGACACUGAGUGAUGACCGUCGCACGGAGAGACCGAGACCGGAAAUAAAAACGCACGCAUAGGGAGAGGAGGAGGAGGGUGCACAGUUGGUGGAUACCUGCGCGUAUUCGUUUUGGCCGCAGGUAAGACCCCUCCGAAGGGAGAGCUUUUUCUGAUUGUUUAGUGUCCGGUGACGGAAGUGAGAGAAGAGCACAUUGUCUUGGGAUUUUAUUCAAUUAUUUUCUGCUUGCCUUUUCGUAAAGCAAACACUUCCCCGGUCAUUUUCCCACAUUCUAACACCGUAAUUGGGAUUUUUGUAAGAUCGUGGACCGUUCUGAAAACGGGACAACGACGCGCAGCGUCUCCGGUCAGCGAGGGGAACACAUUCCUCCAAACUCUAAACUGGUGCCUCGAGACGGACUAUUUCCAAUCCCAUUUGUGAGCUGAUGAGGAGGACAAUGUUUGGAUUAUUAGUGCCUGACCUGCCCCGGCAAAAGGGUAUGGAGUGAGGUACCCAUAGAUAGAUAGAUAGAGAGAGGAGGGAAGUCGGUGCUGGUUGGCCGCCGUCCACUUGUUCGUUUGCGCCUUUUUGCCAUUCUCACCCACGCACCUCGUUUUUUAUUUAUUUCACUGGAUACACGGACACACACACCCCAGGAGACGACGAACGAGAAGGACCUGCGCUCGAACGCUGGUCCCUCCUCAUCCUUCUGACACAUGCUCGCACCAGCACCAGGACAGAGAGCGAGCAUCCGCUCACAACGAGUACUACGCCCUCACUCCCCGUCAGCUGGACCAUUUGCCCAACCAACUUCUACCCCCUCGCCGUUUGCCCCUGCAAGAUUUAAACUCAUGGGCCAGUGGGAGGUAACUGUCAGAAGAAAUGCCGGUCUUAGGUGCCCUAGUACAUCUUCACCUGGACAAUGGCAACACAGUGGCCAAUGAGAAAAGAGAGAUGCUCCCAUGGCGCUGCCUGCCUUGCUAGAUGGCCGGCCUCCUCGUUGAUGUUUCUAUGGUUGCCGUGGGUGUUGCUAUGGCUGCCGUGGACCACCCAAGCUGAACAAGCGGGCAGUGGGAAGGUUCUCCACGGUUCUCUUUCGUCCCCCUUGUCCUCAUCUUCUUCCUCGUCCUCAUUAUCCACAUCCAGCUCUUCAGCAUGGGGCUUCAACACAAGGCACAGCGGGGGGCAGCUGGACUGGCUGCUGUCGGAGAAGGGACCUUUCCACAGAGGUCCCGAGUACACAGAAUUCAGAGAGAGGUUCCAGCAGGGAUUUUCUACCAGAUACAAGAUUUACAGGGAGUUCAGUCACUGGAAGGUGAACAGCCCCGCAACAGAGAAGAGAGAAUUCCUCAAAUCUCCGCUGCCCUUAGCGCCGGAGUUCCUGCGCAACCUGCGGUUGCUGGGGCGACGACCGACCCUGCAGCAGAUCAACGAGAACCUCAUAAAGAAGUACGGGACCCACUUCCUCGUCUCCGCUACACUGGGAGGAGAGGAGUCUUUGACAAUUUUCCUGGACAAGCAGAAGCUGAACAAGAAGUCGGAGGGUAACAGCAACACCUCAGUAGUGUCUCUGGAGCUGCUCCAUCAGCUGGCCGCUUCUUACUUCACAGAUCGAGAGAGCACCCUGAGGCGACUGCACCAUCUACAGAUUGCUACCUCUGCCAUAAAGGUAACCGAGACAAGGACGGGCCCUCUAGGCUGCAGUAACUAUGACAGCUUGGACUCAGUUAGCUCCGUGUUGGUGCACAGCCCGGAAAAUAAGAUCCACCUAAAGGGCCUGCAGGAUGUCCUGCCGGAUUUCCUGCGUGGGCGCUUUGUGGAGGCAGCCCUUAGCUAUGUGGCGUGUAACUCUGAGGGAGAGCUGCUGUGCCGCAACAACGACUGCUGGUGCCGGUGCUCGCCCCGCUUCCCAGAGUGCAACUGUCCUGUUGCUGACAUCAGGGUCAUGGAGGAGAACCUUGAGAAGAGCAGAGAUGCUUGGGACAGCUUCAACCAAGAAUUCAUGGAAUCGGAUGAAUUUAAAGGCCUGCUGAAGCGCUUGCCCACGGACCGGUUCCUAAACGUGUCAACCAUUGCCAAGUUCUGGUCGGCCGACUUGUCCCUCCAGAAGCGCUUCGCCCAGUUGGAGUACAGCACUGCCUUUGUUCUAGGGAAAGCCCAGAAGGUCGUCAGGAAACUGUUUACCCUGAGCAAGCGCUGCCCGAAACACCCUCUCAUCAGCCUGCCCAGAGAGAGACCCAUCGACUUUUGGUUGAGCAGGGCUCAGUCUCUGCUCUACUGUAAUGAGCAUGGCGGGCAAGGCUUCUUCUCUGAGGAGGGGAAGAGCUGUAGCUGUCCAGCAGAGCAGCCUACCUGCCAAGGAGCCAUUCCAUGUGUCGUUGGCACCUCCUCCACCUCUUGCUCCUCCUGCGCAGCUGAUAAUACGAGCCGCUGCGGGGCCUGUCACCACGGCAACCUCCUCCAUCUUGGCUCCUGUCGGCCCAGCAUCGCCACAUCCCUGGACCACUACCUGAACUUUGACUUGGACAUGCCGGAUGCUGAGGUGAAUUACCUGCUUCAGCGACUUGACAGCAGAAUCGAGGUGCAUGCCAUUUACAUCAGCAACGAUGUCCGCCUGGGAAGUUGGUUCAACCCCGCCUGGAGGAAGAGGAUGUUGCUGACCCUCAAGAGUAACAAAAAUAAGUCCAACCUCAUCCAUAUGCUGAUGGGCAUUUCUUUUCAGAUAUGCUUGACUAAAAAUUCAACACUGGAGCCUGUGCCUGCAAUUUACGUCAAUCCUUUUGGGGGAAGUCACUCAGAGAGCUGGUUCAUGCCGGUAAACCAGCCUGACUUUCCCGACUGGGAGAGAACUCGACUGGAAACUGUCGUCACGGCACAGUGUUACAACUGGACACUGACCAUGGGCAACACAUGGAAGUCGUUCUUUGAAACUGUGCACAUCUACCUGCGAAGCCGCAUACUUACAGAGGAUCCCUCAGUGAACGAAACUCUCUUCUAUGAACCAUUAGACAUUGACGACCAGACGUCCAACCUUGGGUAUAUGAAGAUCAACACGCUCAAAGUGUUUGGAUACAGCCUGAACUUUGACCCCGAGGGCAUUAAGGAUCUCAUUCUCCAGCUGGACUACCCUUACACGCAGACUACGCAGGACGCCGCCUUUCUAAUGUUGUUGGAGAUGAGAGACCGAGUUAACCGUCUGUCUCCGCCAGCACCACAGCCCCUGGACCUGUUCUCUUGUCUGUUGCGCCAUCGCCUCAAGCUGUCUGCCGGAGAGGUGGCACGCAUCAAGGACUCUCUGCAGAUCUUCAACUCCAAGCUCCCCAAUGCUUCUCCUGAAAUUGAGCUGGGCCAGAUUUGUACCUAGCUAGUAUUAGCAUACAAGUCAGGUUCCUAGAACGUGGAGCUGCUAGACCGAACCAGGAGAAGUACAACAAAAUGACCACUAGGCCCCAAAGCCUCUGGAUUUAAAGAACAUCG